AUUCUACCUGUGCAGGAGCUAAGGUAUAGCUAACGGUGUGCAUAAAAAAAAGGGGCUGAAAAAUAAACAUAGAGAGCGUAGUGGGUUUGGUUCGCGCUCCUUGACUACGCGGGUCUGGAGUCCAGCCUCAGGAAGCGCCGAGCAGCACCUCCCGUUUCCACACAGGAGCGCACUAGUUUACUGGAGCAUCAGCACUGGAGACACACGCCGGCUGAAAGCUCAGCGGACACUCUGCGAAUACAGACCUCUUCUUUGGUAGACUCUCACUUGAAGAAAACAUACGUACAUCUUCCUGUAGUCCACGUUCACCAUUUCACUUCCACGCAAUGUGUUCGAGUUUGGAUUAAGUUUCCGAGUCGUUUCGAGGGGGACGGUCGGUGUGGAGCAAAAUGAGGAUAAGUGUCGAUGCCCGCAGAUGAUGACGUCCCACCAUGAAUGCAGAUUUUCAAAAUCCACUGCAAGUCCCUCGGCCAAAGAUCCGCAGUCAUCUGAACAUCAAAGUGCAGUCCAAACUGAUGUCCAGACAUGGUCCAAAGCCUCCAGUCGCCCCCAAACCUAGACCCCUCUAUAAGACUCAUGCACAUGAGGAGCCCUGCCCCCUACAGAGCCUGAGCAAUGGAGACCUGGCUCACUCUGAUGAGGAGGAGGAGGAGGAGGAGGAUAUCAGUGAGAUCGCUGAGGAGAACCAGGACAAAGAGGAGAAAAGUGAGGCAGAGGAUCCACUUGAUGUUGAUGACAUGGAGCACAAUGACAGAGAAGAUGCUGUUGUUGUAGAAGAAGAAGACGAAGAAGAAAUUGAGGAGGACAAAGGAAAAGAAGUGGACAUUUUAGAAAAUGAUGACAACAGCAUUGGAUCAGAGGACACAGUCAAAGCAGAUGAGGGCUCUCCUCUUGAAACUACUGAUGAUGAAACUACUGACAACGACUUGAGCCAGACUGAAGGUGGCAAUGACACUGUUGAUGAGAAUAAAUCAACAGCCUCACUUCCAUCUGCUGCAUUGACGGAUGAAAAAGGAGAGGAUGCAAAAGAGGAGGAACUGAGUUGUAGUCCCAACACUGAAAUACAGUGUGAAUCUCAAGGAUACUCAGAUGGACACGUGGAGGAAGAAAACAUUGAUCAAACACAUUCACUCAGUAAUGGUGAUACAGACAAUGAUUCAGGACUUAUAGAAGUGCACAGUGGACACAGUGACGACAUUGUGCACCAUCCACAUGAGACCAAGCUGGACGCAGGUGGAUUUGCAUUUGGAUUCAGUGUGCUUCCAACUGUAACUGAGGAGAAUACUUAUGAUGUAAUUGGCCCUACAGAUGAUGCUAGUGAUACAUGUGAGUCAUGUGACCCAGCUGAAACCGGGGAUACAGAGGUUUGGCAGCCAGAACGAGCCACCAAAGACACGUCUGGUUGUUUUAGAUUCACAUCCAGCACUGAGGACGUCUUUGGGCCUUAUUCAGUCAUCGAAGCCGUCCCAGCAGAUUUGGACAGGACUGCUGACCCUGAGUGGUGUCAGGAUGAAUUUGAUGACAAACCUCCCAAUGAAGUGGAAACAGCAGGUGCGUCAAACCAAGAGCCCUACUAUGUGUCAUCAGAUGAUGUGGACAAGCUUGAGGAUAAACAAGCCCUCUCAGAUCAGGGUGAGACUGAGGAGAGCACUGAACAGUCAAAUCAGCACAUAGAAAAAGCAAAGGACUGUGAGUCAACAGAUGAGUAUGCAGAUAUUGAGGAUUCUCUCUACAAAGCAGAUGACUUUGAGCAGCUGGAGUGUGUUUCCUCUGAGGAUUACGUAGAGAUUGGAGAUGAUGACGAGGAGGAAGAAACGGAAAAGAAACACAUCAAAGGGAAAAGUGCAAAAGAGAGAACAGCUAAACGAGAGCAGGCUCUCAUCAGCAAUCGUUCAAGCUGUCAACCUCGCCUAAGGCUGUGUAACAUCACAGUGCCAACAGACCUCGACCUGGGCCGCGCCCCAGAACUCACCAAUAGGGUGGUGUUUGCCCACACCACUGAGGCCUUUGAAGAGGACAUUGAGGAAUUGGACUGCCACAUUGUGCCUUACUAUGAGAACACAGACUCAGACAGUGAAGAGCAUAUAUACGAAGAGGCAGGGUUUGACUCUGAGGGGGAAAACUUUGUGAUACUUGAUCGGAAAACAAUUGUCACACGAUCACGCUCUUAUUCUGGGAAAGUUCCAGGUUAUGUCCCAGAAACUGUACCAGAGGAGACAGGGACAGAGUACCAAACUCAUGAUUAUUGUACCGUGUCCUUGGAGAAGAACAAUGAGCCACUUAGAAAUUCUCAGCAGCCUGGGAUCAACAGUUUGAUUCCCUCAAUGAAGUCUCGUCGCUUCUUGUUAUACUCUCGGUCAGCAGAAGGUCCUGAGUUAACCCUGAGGUCUCCCACAGAGAUCGGCCAAUCUCUGAAGGCUGACAUCAGGUUGAAGAGGAAAGAUGAUACCCUUUCACUCCCAUGUGUCAUAACCUCUUCUGGAAGCUUCUCACAGCGUAGCCACCAGUCAUCAAGUGGCGUCUCCACACCAACCUCUCUGGUGGACAUUCCCCCACCAUUCGAGCUUGCAUACAUCACUAAAAGACCAGUCACCAAGAGUUCCCCAUCGCUUUUAAUCCAGCAUGAACCCAAUGACAUACCUAAGAAGAAGAAGUCCUCCUUCAAGCGCUUUCUGGCUCUUAAGUUUAAGAAGAAGACAGACUCAAAGGGUUUCAGUGAUGGAAGUGUCCGCUCCUCACGUUCCUCCUCUGAGUCCAGCCACCACGGCCCAUCACGAGUCAUAGACCUUGAUCGCAGAAGUACCAGCAGCUCUCCUCAGCUUCAGUCCGGCAUGGUGAACCCCCAGCAUCGUACCUCAGACCUGCCAUCCACCUUUGUCCUCUACAAAGACCAGAGGAGGAAAGCUGACCCCAAAGCUUAUGGCAGGGGUGUCUCUCGAGUGGAGUCCUUUGAGGAGCGUUCUCGGCGCUCCGUCAUGCCAUUGCCUUUGACCAAACCCCGCUCCAUCUCUUUCCCCAGUGCUGACACCUCAGACUAUGAAAACAUCCCAGCCAUGAGCUCAGACUAUGAGAACAUCCAGAUACCAGGCAGACCCAUCAGAUCACACACUGUGACUGAGUUCUUUGAGGACCCAAGCCGCAACACAGCUCCCUGCAAUGAGAAUGAUGGCUAUGUGGAUAUGAACAGUUUCCCUGGGAUUGACAACAAGCAGAGAGACGACACAGAAAGUGCCUACACAGAGCCUUUCCCAAUGAAUCCAGUCUCUGCUGGGCUGUCAGCGGACGAGGACCACGGGCGGACCUCUGAGGAAGAAGAGGGGACAGCGGAGCAAUGUUAUGACAGACAGAUUGAUGGCCGAUCCCGAGCCUUCUACGUUGCCAAAGAGCUCGUCGACUCAGAGGGACUACAUGUGAGCGCCCUCAAACACCUUCAAGAGGACUUUAGGUCAGCAGUCACGGAGGCAGAGGGAGAGGAUGGGGAGCCUGUGCUGGAGGAGCAGAGGUUCGGAGAGAUACUGGGUGUGCUCCCUCAGGUCUUCACCCUCCACAGCGACAUCCUAUCUGAGCUGGAGGAGCGCAUCACUCAGUGGGAGGAGAGCCAGAGGGUGGUAGACGUGAUCCUGUCACGUCAGGAAGAUUUUCGAGUAUUUGACACCUACAUAUCCGAGUAUGAUCGUAGCAUGUCCUUACUGGAGGAGAGCUGCAGGAACAACCUGGCUUUUGCUGCCAUUGUCAAGAAAUUUGAGACAAGAAGCCCAGAAGAAGCUGAAGUCCCCCUAAAGCACCAGCUGCUGCAGGUCAUUGUGAGAGUACUACAAUACCGAAUGCUACUCACAGAUUACCUGAACAACCUCUCUCCUGACUCUAAAGAAUACGAGGACACACAAGCUGCCUUGGUGAUUGUGUCCGAGGUUGCAGACCAAGCCAACGACAAUCUGAAACAGGGGGAGAACCUGCUGCGUCUGGUCCACAUAGAGUACAGCGUGAAAGGCAAGAAGGACCUACUGAAGCCUGGAAGGAUGUUUGUCAAAGAGGGGACACUCAUGAAGGUCUCGAGGAAAAGCAGGCAGCCCAGACACCUUUUUCUGAUGAAUGAUAUAAUGCUGUACACAUACCCUCAGCAAGACGGCAAAUACAGGCUAAAGAACACAUUGUCUCUGUCUGGGAUGAAGGUCAGCAAACCUCUCUUGGAUAAUGUGCUGAACUGUCUUAGGAUUGAAGUGUCCGACAUCACUAUUACACUCUCAGCCAGCUCAGUUGGAGAGAGGGAGGACUGGUUCCACACACUGAGUCGAGCCAUAGCAGACCACGCUGCAGGACUCUGCACGUUUGGUGGUCCUUGCAGUGAGGCCCGUGAGAAGUUGUGGAUGGCGCUGGGUGAGGCUGCUCCAGUGCUGGUUCCGGUUUCUCAUGUGAUGAUGUGCAUGAACUGUACCUCCGACUUCAGCCUCACACUGAGACGACAUCACUGCAACGCCUGUGGCAAGGUGGUGUGCCGUUCUUGCUCGAGGAACAGAUACCCGCUGAAGUACCUCAAAGACAGGGUGGCCAAAGUGUGUGACCACUGUUAUGCCGAGCUCAGGAAAAGAGGAGGCAGCGUGUCAGCUGCAUGUGGUAACUCCAGCCCUCGGACUCACCGGGCCAGCCGACCACUCUCUGCCGUCUUCCAGAGCCUGCAGCCUCCAAGUCUUUGGAAAAGCAGGAAGAGCACCUCCCCUCUUAACCAGGUGGCACUGGCAGUGGAGGGCUCCACCAUGAGCGGCAGCCUGCAGCGUCGGAAAAAGAGCAAGAGGAAAUGGAAACGGCUGUGGUUCCUCCUCAAAGACAAGGUGCUCUACACCUUCACAGCCCGUGAGGAUAAAGUGGCUUCAGAGAGUUUACCACUACAGGGCUUUACUGUCAAGCUGACUGAGAGGCCAGAGGGAGAGGAAAGCAGCAACAUGUUCCAUCUCUACCACAAGAAAACCCUGUACUACAGCUUCAGAGCUGACGAUCAACACACUGCGCGCAGAUGGGUCAAUGCCAUGGAGGAGGCUACAGUUUUAUAGCAGCUGCUCAUUAAACGAACAUGAUCUGCUAUCUGUGGCUGUUACAACACAACAUAGCUACCUGCUGCAUCUGAACUCAGCUCGUCGAAAAAGACCAGCACAGGAUUAUUGGUAGAAUUUGUUUCUAUGACAAUUAAACCAGCAGGAGGGACUGAGACAAGCCUGCCACCGAGUGGUAGGGAAGUUGACGUGCAGGAGUCAGGGGAUGCUACCAUGAGGACAGGAAAAGUGAAACCCUCUCAUACAAGUCUAGUCUAUCAGAUAAAAUCUCCUCUGAUCUUAAUGAGCUGAUCCAGCUCAGUAAGGCAGAAUCCUUUAAAGGCAGCUUGGAAACUUUAAAUGCUUCAUUUUAAUGGCAUUUUGUUCCCUCUGUUUCAUCUUCACAAGGACCAUCCCACUUCUUCAUUUCUUCUUUUUCUUCUUUUUUUUUAAUUUGACUGUCUUUUAUCACUGGAUUAUUUAGCCACUUGUAUGUUCUUGCAGGAGAACUACACAUCCUUCAUUUUUAUAUGUGAGCCAGUUACCCAGCCUUGUUCUGUGGUGGGUUUAACAUCACUUUGAACUAACAUCAAAACAAACUAUGCUAUGGUGGUAUUUUGCAGCUAUUAUAAGGGAAAAUAUUGGUCAAAGUUUUAGAGAGAUAUUUGGUAUUUGAAAUAUAUAUUGUGAAUUAUAAAACACAUAUAUUACUGAACUGUAUGACUUAUUUGUAAAGAAAUGUUAUUACAUGAUGUUCUGAGUAAAAGGUCAUUUUAAUCAUCAUGGUGUGUGUACACUGUAUUACUUUUGGCGUUUUACUCUGGUAAUUAACCUACUGAAUGACCCUCAGCAUGACAACCACUCCACAGUUUUUCUUCACAGAGAAAUACUCUGGUAUUCAACCUGUAGGUUUCUAAACCGUUUUGUUCUGAAGUGCCAAUGAUUUCUUCCAGUUGAAUGCAGUGCAAUUUGCAAUUGAUGAUGAAUGUGCCUGAGAUGACAUUGAAUUUUUUGUUGUGUUAUCAAAGUACUGUACUACUGUCAUGUCUCCUGAAGAGACCUUGACUCUAUUUGCUUUUAAUCUGCUCUUGUAUACUUAUUCCUUUUAGUAUUUUGAACAGUUCAGUUACAGUAGAGUAACAUAAAAAUAUACUGUAGUGCCCUUUUGAUGAAUGCCUUCUCUCAUAUGCACACUACUAGAUACAAUAGAACUGAAUCUACUUGGACUGAAUGGGAACUUUUGAAAAAAGCCUUUUUCAAACCUCUCAACUUCAAAUUGUCAGAGUUGGAGUCUGACUUUUCAACCGGUCACACUUCAUCAUUUCUUUCAAUUACUUUUCAGCUUUUCUAUCUGUUUCUUAUGUGCCAUAUCUUUAUCCUUGUUAUAGAGUGUACCUCUUGCAUAUAGUGCAUUGUAAAUGUUCAUGUAUAUAGAAACAUACAGAAAUAAACUCCUUUAAAAUCUUUA